CUGUUUCCCCUGCCGAUUAUUUUCUCCAGCUUUCCCUCAGUCUAUCAUAUCUGUUCGCUCUAGAGCGCGUGGCCAAUCCUUGAGCCCCCCUACUCAUUUACAGUCCCCUCCUCCUAUCCGCUUUCCACCUCUCCCUCCUCGCUCCCGCUUUGCGUGUACUCUCUGCAAUGGCGGCUGUAGCGCUCGCCACGUCAGCAGCAGUCGGCAGCAUCAGCUGCUCCCGGGCCGCCAGCUCACUUCCCGCCUCGUCCCUCCGCUCGUCCUCCGCCUUCGCGCUCACCCCCGUCCGCGCACUGCCGCCGCUUCCCCGCGCCGCCUCCCGCCGAGCCUCCCCCUCCGCGCCGUCCCCCGCGGGGGGGGCGGUGGUUCCGCGCGCCGUGAUCGCGGGGCUGCAGGUGUCCGCGGCGUCCGCGGCGCAAUGGGCGGCGCGAAUGGCGGCGUUCUACCUGCUGGUGAAGCUGGGAGUGGCGGGCGCGGAGAAGGCUGGCGGCGCUGAGAGCACGGGUGGCAUCAACCUGGUUGACCGGGUCAACAAGGCACUGUUUGGGAACUCCGCGGAGAAAGCGGCCAAAGAAGCCAAGAAGGCGGCGGGCAGCAGAUGGCACGAGAGCACCAAGGGCACGCUGGUGAGGCGGUGCCGGGUGCCAAACGUGAGCGAGGGGAGACGCACCCUGCGCUCACUGAUGGCGCUGCUGUCCGAGGACGACCUCUUCACCGAUGCUACUUCACACAAGGGCUGUCAAAUCCGGCGGGAAACCGCCCACGGGGAGUCUGUCUGCUGCAACAACGUGAGAGCGCUCUUCGAUGAGCUGCCCACGCCCCACAUUGUGGUCGAAAUCACAGUCUUCCCACCCGGGCCCCUCACUGCCAUGGAGUACCAGAAGGCUGAGAAGCUCGAGGCCGUGCUUAAAAAGGGGCGGUCAAUCUAGAGUAGAGUAUAAAACUGCAGCUCAUAUGGUACACUGCAAUUAUAUUGAUAAGGACCACAGUUUCCCCCCCGGCCUGCUCACAGCUUCUGCCAUGGAGUACCAGAAGGCCGAGAAGCUUGAGGCCGUGCUUAUGGUCUAUCUAGAGUAUGUUACUGUAGACAGCGUUUUUGUUAUUCAUAUAGUACAAUUCUUUUGGAAUGGACCACAAUUUUCCUGUCCGGGCCUCCUGACUGCCAUGGUGUACUAGAAGGCCGAGAAGCUUGAGGCAGUGCUUGUGGUCUAUCUAGAGUUUGUUACUGUAGACAGUGUUUUUGUCAUUCAUAUGGUACAAUUCGUUU